AUGGAACCCAAGAAUGAUAAUCAGUUCGUUGUUACUACACCUGUGCCAUCACCCUUUUCUCCUACGAUGUUCCCUAAUGGUCCAAUGACUUGUGUUAAGCUCAAUGAGACUAAUUAUGUAUUAUGGUCACGAUCGGUCCAAGUGUUUCUCAAAGGCACAACCUUUGAGAAAUAUUUAGUUGACACUAAACCCAAGGAAGACACUAUUGGGUAUGAUCAGUGGGAAGAUGAAGAUGCUCAGAUUAUUUCAUUAGUAUUGAAUAACAUGGAGUGUGCUACUUUGUCUACCGGCUCUUCAGGCAUUGAUCGUGGUUUGUCCAUUGACAACUCAGCACUUGUUGUUUCUACUGGCCACAAUGAUAGUACUCAAGGUGGUCGUGACAAUUGCGGUGGUCUGGGAAGCUGUACUGGAGGUCAAAUUGGUUCUCGUUUAUGA